UCCCGGACGACUUGCCAAGUGGACUGCCACCCGAACGACCCCAGGAUCACAAAAUCGAGCUAGAGCCCGGCGCGCAGCCUACUGUACGCACGCAAUGGCGCCUGACUCAGCCGGAGCUACAGGAGUUACGAAACCAACUGGACUACCUGCUGGCGAAAGGGUUCAUUCGGCCGAGCACGUCACCGUUCGCAGCACGGAUCCUGUUCACGCCAAAAAAAGACGGCGGCCUUCGCAUGUGUACGGAUUAUCCUCGCUACUUUUCGAAGAUCGACCUUCGUGGCGGUUACCAUCAAAUUCGGGUGUUCGCUGACGACUGCCACAAGACCGCGUUUCGUACUCGCUACGGGAGUUACGAAUACACGGUGAUGCCGUUUGGAUUAACAAAUGCCCCCUCGACGUUCCAACUCACCAUGAAUGGGGUGUUCCGCGAUCUACUCGACAAAUGCGUAAUAAUUUACCUGGACGACAUCCUGAUUUACAGCAAGACCCGGGAGCAGCAUUUAAAGGAUUUGGAAGCGGUUUUUCAGCGGUUGCAGCAGCAUCGUCUCAUCACCAAGGGCUCCAAGUGCGAGUUUUUAAAACAAGAACUGGAGUUCCUGGGGCAUGUGAUCUCCAUGGAGGGGAUUCGAAUAGACCCGAAAAAACUCCGGGCUAUUCAGGAGUGGCAAGCGCCAACAAAUCUGCAGCAGCUGCAAUCGUUUUUGGGUUUUGUGAAUUACGGGAAUUUUUACGAGUGGGGGGAGAAGCAGCAAGCUGCGUUCGAGGCAUUAAAAAAUCUUUUAAUGUCGCCACCGGUACUUCGCAUCGCUGACCCGGAACGGCCCUUCGAAGUCAUCACCGACGCAAGUGACAUCGCCAUCGGAGCAGUGUUCAUGCAGGAUUUCGGCAACGGGCUUCAACCAAUUGCGUACGAGUCUCGGAAAAUGCAAUCUGCUGAGCGCAACUACCCGGUACACGACAAGGAGAUGCUGGCGAUCGUCCACGCGUUCAAAAUCUGGAGGUGCUACCUGACUGGAGCAGACGUGACAGUGCGAACUAAUCACAAAUCAUUACAGUAUCUGAGGGCGCAGCCGAAUCUCAACCCGCGGCAAAUACGCUGGCUAGAGUACAUGGAGUCGAACUUCACGUACAAGAUCGCGUAUAAAAAGGGCGCCAACAAUAUUGCCGACGCCCUUUCCAGACCAUCUGCCCAACUCGCAGCAGUACUAGUCGCCCAGAGCAACUCGCUAUUGAGUGGACUAUUUACCCACGGCUAUUCGACUGACCCCUUCUUCGCGUUGCAGCCCCUCGAGCCACCUCAACGCCCAUGGCAACACGUAACGAUGGAUUUCGUUACGGGACUACCGGCCGGAUCCAGCGGAAACGACGCGGUUUUGGUGGUCGUCGACCGAUUGACGAAGAUGGUGCAUUUCGCACCAUGUCGUACAACCAUCACAGCCGAAGAAACAGCGCGCCUGUUCAUCUCGACCGUUGUUCGUCUACACGGGAUACCAGCAGCAAUCAUUAGCGAUCGAGAUCCGAAGUUCACGUCAAAAUUCUGGCAGGACAUGUGGGCUCGGUACGGCACGCGUCUACAGUUCUCAUCCGCUUAUCAAACGAUGGAGCAGCUGAUUCGGACAAACUGCCCUGACCGAAACAAAUGGGAGGACACUUAGGUGAGUGGCUUAGCUCUGCC